CCUCAGACUGCAGUCCUCCUACCUUUACUUUCCAGGUAGCUGGGAUUAUAAUAUGAACUGCUAUAGCUAUACCCAGCUAAUUGAUUAAGAUAGGGUUUCACUAAUUUUUUUUCCCUUGGGGCUGGCCUCAAAACACAGUGCUCUCAACCUCAUAGCUGCGAUUACAGGCAGAGCCACUGCUCAGGGCUGGGGCCUUAGGUGUUUGGUUUUGGUGAGAUCGAACCAUUUACAAACUAAGCAAGCCGCCAAGCCAGGCAGUGCCCCUGGAGGAAGAUCAAGUUUGUCUUCAGGAACCUGCCCAAGUUUCCAUCUCAGGCUCCUCUGGGCCUCCUGGAGGGAAGUAAUUAAACAAGUAGGUGGUUUGUUUGCAGUUCUUGCUGCACAGAACCUACUCCUACAGAAUUGUCUCAUGUUGGGCUCUGUCACUUAAAAUAGACCAUGUGAUUUUUUUUCCACACACUGUGUCCUGGUCUUUGCCUUACAACCUCAAACAACCUGCAAUUACAUAUUUAUCCUCUUGACCACUCCCUGUGAUCUUGGACUCUUCUGACUUGGCCACUGCUGUGAUCCUAGUGUCUAGAUUUUGCUGUAAGACACUCAAAAAAUACUUGUUGGGCAGGGACUGGGGAUGUAACUCGGUGGCAUGCACCAGGCCCUAAGUUCCAUCCCCAGCACUGACAAACAAACAAAAAACUUGCUGAUUGACUAUCUGAGCACACAGGCUAUCAGGCCUGUGUUGCAGAGGUCCCCUUGCCCUCUUCUGGGUGAGCCUGCUGAGCCUGGAAGGUUUGCUAAGUCGCGGUCCAUCAUGGCUCAGUCCCAUUCUUUGGCCAAAUUCAAGGCUGAAUGAAUCCUAUCAUUGUCCACUCUGCCCUACAUCCCCCUAUCCCAGCCAGACCUCGUGGAGACCAGAUUCCUCAGGUGCUGACCACCAUCAGCCAAGGCACACCACAUCAGAGACCAUCAUCCAUACCCAAGGGGUGCACACCACCAGCCGCAGAGCAAAAACCAAGAGCCAAGGGGGCCCUGCCUGAGGUCUGGGCUGGCAGCUUCUAGAAGCCAGAAGGGUGGUGGGGAGGUGGCCAGGUCCUGGUGCCUCCCUCUUGGCAGGACUGGGCAGGGAGUGUUCCCCCAGCCUUUCUAUCUGUCUCUUCCUGCAGCUUCCUGAGGCCACAGUCUCUGGAGGAUUAGAAAGCACAGAGCUAGCCUACUUGUUUUUCUUCAUUUUGAGCAGUUUCCGGCCCCCUCCCCAAGCCCUCAAGUCUAGCAGUUUCCAGGAAGUUCCUGUCACACAAGCCCUUGAUCAGCCGCAACUAUAAAGGCGACGUGGCCAUGACGGAGAUCGAUAACUUCAUGCCUCUGCUCAUGCAGCGGGAGGAAGAAGGCGCGCUGGCCCCGCUGCUGAGCCAUGGCCGGGUCCACUUCCUGUGGAUCAAACACAGCAAUCUCUACCUGGUGGCCACCACGCUGAAGAACGCAAACGCCUCUCUGGUCUACUCCUUCCUCUACAAGACGGUGGAGGUCUUCUGUGAGUACUUCAAGGAGCUGGAGGAGGAGAGCAUCCGUGACAACUUUGUCAUCGUCUACGAGCUGCUGGACGAGCUCAUGGACUUCGGCUUCCCGCAGACCACGGACAGCAAGAUUCUGCAGGAGUACAUCACGCAGCAGGGCAACAAGUUGGAGACUGGCAAGUCGCGGGUGCCACCCACUGUCACCAACGCUGUGUCUUGGCGCUCUGAGGGCAUCAAAUAUAAGAAAAACGAGGUCUUCAUUGAUGUCAUAGAGUCUGUCAAUCUGCUGGUCAAUGCCAACGGCAGUGUCCUACUGAGUGAGAUUGUAGGCACCAUCAAACUCAAGGUGUUUCUGUCGGGAAUGCCAGAGCUGCGGCUAGGCCUCAACGACCGCGUGCUCUUUGAGCUCACUGGCCUUUCAGGCAGCAAGAACAAGUCCGUGGAGCUGGAGGACGUGAAAUUCCACCAGUGUGUGCGACUUUCUCGCUUUGACAAUGACCGAACCAUUUCCUUCAUCCCACCUGAUGGGGACUUUGAGCUCAUGUCCUAUCGCCUCAGCACCCAGGUGAAGCCACUGAUCUGGAUUGAGUCUGUCAUUGAAAAAUUCUCCCAUAGCCGAGUGGAAAUCAUGGUCAAGGCCAAGGGGCAGUUUAAGAAGCAGUCAGUGGCCAAUGGCGUGGAGAUAUCCGUGCCUGUGCCCAGCGAUGCUGACUCCCCGCGCUUCAAGACCAGUGUGGGCAGUGCCAAGUACGUGCCGGAAAAGAAUGUAGUUAUUUGGAGUAUUAAAUCCUUCCCGGGGGGCAAGGAGUACCUGAUGCGGGCCCACUUUGGCCUACCCAGUGUGGAGAAGGAGGAGGUGGAGGGCCGGCCCCCCAUUGGGGUCAAGUUUGAGAUUCCCUACUUCACCGUCUCAGGCAUCCAGGUCCGUUACAUGAAAAUCAUUGAGAAAAGUGGCUAUCAGGCCCUUCCCUGGGUUCGUUACAUCACCCAGAGUGGCGAUUAUCAAGUUCGAACCAGCUAGAAGGGAGGAGCAGAGGCUUGGACACAGGGCUCCCUCUCCCCAGGCUCUGGCUGCAGAUUUUAGAGGGUGGGGAAGUGGUGUGUGUGUGUGUGUGUGUGUGUGUGUGUAGCAAUGAGUUUGAUUCAGCAGUUCCCACCCUGAUUUUUAUAUGAAGAAAUAUCAGAGGGGCUUGAAACUCCCCCUCACGAGUGCCUUCUUUUGCAGUGGUCUGCCUUAGGGGGUCCCGGGGGCCGCACCUUCAUAGCUGCUGAGCCCAGAGGCCCUGCUGGGCCACUCCUCUGACUUUUAGGGUGUCAUUAAAAAGAGUCUA